AGAUAGUAAAGGAGGUAUCAAUUGGGGAACCAACGUACGAGGACGAUGAGUGCAAUGGCCAAGAAGGGAGGGGAGCGGUGGCGAACCCUAACCCUAGGGCCAAAUCUCGCAGGCGGAAGAGGAGUCCCUUGGGGAGCCAGAGGGAUAGGGCGGCGUCGCGAUCGAAACAGUCGAUGGUGGCGAAGCUUCCGGGGAAUAAUCUCGUGAUGGGACAGAUGAAGAUAUUGAAGCCCGAGGAGUUGCUGGGGAAGAGUGAGGAUGAGAAGAAGGGAAAAAGGUGGUGGAUUUUGGAUUGGGACCGACGGAUCGUUGGGCCGGAGCUGGAGACGGUUCGGAAGGAGGUUAGGGUGGAGGAGUUUAAUAAAGCCGUGGAUGUGAUGUAUGCAGGUUCGGCGGUUUUCACCUGGUCGCCUUCGAGUUCGCUUCUUGUGUCGGCGUUUAAUUGUGUGAUUAGUGAGAAGGUGAAAGGAUCAGAGAUGAUGAUUUGGUAGAUGGUGGCGAUGAUGGUUCGCUUCUUGGUGACCAGUCGGACCUUCAGCCGCGAUGGCAGCGCGCAAGGGCGGAUUGCUAGGUCUCAUCUCGCGUAUAUGUAGAAGAUGAAGAAGAAUAGAGCGAGUUUUUGCAGAUAGGUUUCUGCCAUAGUUUGUGUUUCUGUAGUUGUGGACUUGCGGUGGUGGGUGUUGUUAGCUGCUCUGGGUUUUUUAGUUAGCUCUACUAAUUAGUGGUGACCAGUCGGACCUUCAGCCGCGAUGGCGGCGGGUGGAGUCGGGGAGGAGAAAGCGGGUUCAGCGGAGGUAGUAGAAGAAUUAGGUUUCUAUUUUUAUUUUUUUAGUGAUAAUAAUAAUUAGGUGUAAUAUUUAAAGUAUAAAAUUUUAUUUUUUAU